GUCCCGUUCAGGCGGCCUCACUGCGUUCUCUGAAGGCAGCGUGCUUCAUACCUGGUCACUUUCAAAGGAGUGCCAGAGAGGAGAGCGAGUGAGGGAACUACUGCGCUAAACGCUUUAUAUACCCUUCUUCUUCUCAUCACCCGCCACAACUGAUCAGGAAAUGCAUCGGAAUAUUUAAUACAUUAUAUUGUUUUCCAUCAGGAUGCGAAGCCCGAACCAAUGGAGUAAGAACUAUUCUGUUUGUAACAAGAAUGUUUUCUUCUAGACCUGCAGGAAUGGGAGAAACCGGGAGAAACACUAAAGAUACCAAGUCAUGGAAAAUGCUACUGCAGUGGAUUCUACUUCUGGCAUUAAGGGAAAGUCAUGGGGCUGUGAAUGAAUUCUGCAAAUGUGAUGUCAAUCUUGACUUCAGGACAUUCAACUCCAGCUAUGCAAGACAACAAUGCUGUUUAAAUUUCACUGGGUCUUCCAUUGGUGCCCUUCACUGGAAUGCCUUCACUGACCUGACAGGACUAAUGGUGCUCGACCUGUCAAGUUGUAACAUAUCUGACAUCUUGGAUACGGAUGAAACUCUGAGCUCUCUGGAGAUCUUAUACCUGGACCACAAUUAUUUAGAGCGAUUACCUUCUAAUUUCCUAACAAAUGCACCCAAUUUAAAGGUCCUUCACCUCGAGGGAAACAAUCUUCAAGAAUUACCAAAGGACAUUUUAGAGAAAUCAGACCAGAUUAAGGAGCUAUACUUGGAUUCCAAUAAUCUGAUUUCUAUUCCUCCUAGUGUCUUUAGACCAAGCCUUGAAAAAUUGUCUCUUUUUAAUAAUACUUUGCAGUGUACAUGUGCCUUGUAUGAUGCAUUGACAAAAUAUAAUUCAAGUGUCUUUGUAUCGGAAAAUGGGCCCACGUGCUUUACCUCUAAGCACACAAAAGGUCUGAAUAUCAUAGAUCUUCAUCGCUCAGAUAUCUGCAGGUCCCACAGCCUUACUGCUCUCUUCAUUUGCCUCCCUUUCAUCUUGAUUCUUGUUCUAGUGUUGGGUUACUUCUGCUGUAGAAGAAGGAGGGCUGAUUUUAAAGGGAUUAGACAAGACAAUCACAUUUGUACUGUGGAGAAGUCUGGCUUUACAAACCUGGAGGACCAUCACUACAUAACAUGCAGAACCCCAGAGCCAACUCCUACCCUUGCAGGACAUGAGAACAGCAUACUUGCCAGAAACCAGUUCAUGUUACGUCCCUCAGUAGCACUGCUAGGGAGUAACCGUGACUUGUACGAGGAAGUGGAGAUAAAGCUUGGUAGUUCUGUUGACUCCAUUGCAACUGCUGAUGACAUCUACCUUAACAUGUCAACUAAGAAAUCAGAAGAAGAAAUAGUCGACGACGUCCAUAUGCAACCAGAGCUGGCGAGUGUGACAGACGAGUUACAAGAGAUGGAUCGACAAAGGCUCUACAUGAAUAAAUCAGCAAACUACUAUAAUCUAGUUCCUGGUAUUGAACUAGAUGACUCUGACCAUGGUGAAUAUGAAAAUAUUGACUUAUCUUAAUGAUAUAGAAUAAUUAGUAAGACAAAUUGUACAAAAUCUAAAUUAAGAUGGAUGCAGUAAGGCAGACUGUAGAAAGGUGGUGAAGGUGAACUGAGAGAACUUGAAGAAUAAGAAAAAUAGAAUACUUGAUUGAAAUGGAAUCAAUAGGAGAAAAUGCAGGCUAGCAUUGGGGUUAUGAAGCUCUGCUGUGUCAGUACUCUUCAACAUAUGGUAUGUCAAGGCCAGGAACCCAGCUCAGCUAAAUUUAGCAAUGUUAUCCAUCAUCAGAUUCUGAUGUCGAUAAACUCCUGGAGGAAAUUGCAGAGGUAACUUAGUGGAAUGAGAGGUGAGAGAGAUCAGAUCCAACUUGGUUCCAAUAGUAUCAUUUGCUUUUCAAGAACAAUCCACUAUCAAAAUAAGGGUCAAUUCUUUAAAAAAAAAUGUGCCUGUUAAAACAUACUUCAAGCGUCCCAUCUAGGAAUGUUAAAAUUUAGCACCAACUUGAGCCUACUACGAGUAGGAAAUGGGUGAGUCUGGUUUAGACCCCCAUUUUAUGUACUAAAAUUAAUGAAAUUAACAGAGGAUGACUUAGACUGGAUGAAAAUGUGCUUCCAAUUCAAAACAAUCUCUAACGUACCAUAUAAAUAAAAUCAAAACUCGAAAGUUUGAUCAGACUUCCAUAUUUAUUUUUAGCAGUUGAAUGUUAAAUUCAAUUAAUCAGACUGAAAAGACUGGUGAUCUCUUGGUUUCACAAUAUCUAAUCUUUCUCAAUCUUCCUUGCUAUACUGGAUGGAUGAGUGAGACAGCCAGUUUUACAGGUUCACUGAGAGUUUUAGAGUAGACUUGUGGCAGUUCUUGGAUUUUAUUUUGUAUGUUCAUGAAUAAAUGUAUUUAUAAUUCAUCCAAGUUGUGAUGUGGAAGGGUGAGCCUGUCAGUCAUAUUGACCAACAAAGUGCUUAAGAGGGGGAAAGCAGAGGAGCUACUACAAGGCCUAUUGCAGUCGUUUCCCUAAUCCCCACUUAUGUGCUGAUAAGACACUCUUCCCAACACAGAGCAGGUGGGGAAACAAGCUGGCCCCCCCACAGCAACUCACUCCAGUGACCAGCCUUCCACCUGUGCCUGGCACAACCCACCCAUGAACAGCUGUAAGGGGGUGAUCGUAGAUCGCUAGGCUGGUCUGUAGGUCUAUAGGUACAACUUUGAAGGAUCUGUUGAUGCCUCUGUUGGAUCUCCCCAAGUUUAUUUUGGUUGGUUGCAAUCUCACGGUAACAUUCUGUGAAUUCCCUGACAUGCCAGCAGAAAACCUUCCUGGAACUCAUCCAAGGCACUGAGGGAGGUGUGAUGCUAGGAGCAACACAUCCAUCACCUACAUCUUGCCCUGGAUAUUGAAUAAGAAAUACUGCCACAUCCUGUCUUGCACACUGGAAAUGAGAUUUCACCUGGAGAUUACCUUGCAACCCAGAUGAAGCCUGCACUGUGUUGGGGUCAUAGCAAUAUCUGAAAGCCCCUCCCCAACACUCUGAGAACAGGAAAGGUUAAACUCAGUCUUGGGAAUCAGAAAGAUAUUCAAGUAUAGGCUUGAGCCCAAUUCUGACUUCACCAUAUCCACAAACCACUACAAGACUACUAAGGUGGUGAACUUUGCCUACUGUAAUGCUUCUUAGCUGGGAGGUAACAAACUCAAAUGUGGCAUUCUAGUCCCAUUCCUGUUGAGCUCAGUACUGAUCAAAGUUUUAAAUUGUUUUACCCUUUUCCAUGGCAAUUUUACACUCUGAACUAUUCUUAGGGAAUAUUUCUUAGGAUUAUUUCAAGUAACAAGUCAUGCUAACUUGGUACUUUUGAGAUACCAUUACUUGACUCCACAACUGUGGUGUGGGAAAAUGAGCACACUGUCAAUUCUCUUGCAGCUGCAUCAAACAACAGUGGAAAAGCCUACUUAAUGUUGGAUUGUAAUAUGGAAGUGCUACACUUGUAUAAAGCUCGAAUUGCUGUAAAUAAUUUGUUCCUUAAUGUUUGCAUAAACCAAUAGUUUUUUAUGAUUUUUAAGCAGGCCUUUUAUAAUUACAUUAUAGCCAGCUUUAAUAAUUACUCUAAACAUAGUACAUUUGUCCUUUCCAAUGCAUUUUGUGGCCUUUGGGCGUUAAAGGAUUAUUUCAUAUAUUAAAACAAUGGUCAUAAUCAAGUGUCCAACCUCAAGGACAUCCUUGCUGUAUCAAUUGCACAAAGAUAUAUAAUAUUAAUAACUCAAAGUCCUACCAUUUGGAUCCUUCCAGAGUUAAAAGGAAAGAAAACAUUUAAACAACUGUAAUUUCAGUUUGAUAUGUCUUUCAAUCUGUUGUUGUUUUUCAUUUAAGAAUGUGAUCCAUGGACAACCUGAGCAGUACAAUCUAGAGGGUAAGCCUCAGUCUAUUUGAGGGUCAGUCUAUCUUUUGUGGGAUUUCAUGCUGCUAAUGCUGGGACAGAAAAUGUUUCUGUCUGAAAUAAAGGGAAAAUGUUCUAUAUUCAGCCCUUUGGGAACAAAAACUGUGCCUUUUAAUAUUAAUGUAAUGGUAACUAAGAUUAAAAUAGCUCUAUUUAAUCUAC